AUGAAUCACGGCCGUCGGGCUGACCUUUAUGCCGAGAAUCGGGGGCCGGGGAUCACUGACGCUGGGCCCACUUUCCUGGAAAUCAGUGGGCGGGUGAAGAAAGAAAGCACAGCGGCAAGAGAAGCAUUCUUUCUCGACUUCGCAGAAGCCAUCCGAAAGGAGUUCCCAGAUCUACCUCUGCUCGUCAUGGGUGGAUUCCGUAGCCGAAAGCUGAUCGAAGGCGCUCUGCUAAGCAAAGCCCUGGAUAUGGUCGGACUGUCGCAACCAGCAGUGUUCGAUGCUUCUGCUCCCUCGAGCACGCUACUGAAUAUGAGCAAAGGGGAUGAUGAGGCACGAGCCAUUGCUAUUUCUAUUCCGACCCUUUGGUUAUUGCAGAAGGUUGGCAACUAUAUUAUUGGAGCUGGCUAUGAAACGGUUUGUCGCCUGGUUCCUCAUGUAGUCGAAACUGACCAAAGAAUUUAG